CUGGAACUGACCAGAUGAACACAUCCAGGAGUAAUUACAUAGUUAGAUCCCAUAUCUUAUUCAAUUCAUUCUACGGAAACAUUAUAUACCCUUUAUAGACAUACUGGGCUAGUCAUUCACCAAGAUCAAUUGUUACUUUGAAGUCAAGAGUAGGAGUUUGACCGUUAGACUGGCAGUAUACACAAAUCGAUCGAAUCAACUUAAAUCACACACAUAUCAUAUCAUUUUGAAACAGUAUAAUGUUUGGAGUAUCAGGUGGACCUGAAUUCAAACCUCGAUAUAACAAAUCAAAGAAUGGGUUCUUACCUCUUCCUGCCACUUUUAAUAGAAUUCGAACCUUUCCUCGAAAGAAUUUCCUUGGAUUAAUAGUGGUUAUAAUAUUCUUUUGGUUCUUUCUUAAUCCAUUUCAUUUCAUAGGUAGUUUGUUCACUGGAGGUGAAUUCACUCAUUAUCCACCUCCAUAUCCAUUAACAAGUACUCAAACCAUAGUUACCAAUUCAAAAUAUAUAUAUCCUCCCAUUGAACAAGCACCUUUAUUAAGAGAAUUAACGGUUCAUAAAUUAGUUAAAGAAUCUAGAAUUAGAGAUGCAAAUUUCCCUGAAAUUGAAAAAAAUGUUAUCACUUCAUUAAAUGCUUUUGAUGAUCCUGAUCCAAUUGUUCAAAAACAAAAAGAAGCUGAAGAAAAUGCUAUUUCAAAUUUAUCAGUUGCUAAAAAUACAUUUAAAAAUCAUGAUAAAGUUGUAUUUAAACCAGGUAAAAAUCAAAAUUAUCCUGAUAUUAUUGUGGUCACUGCCGUUGAUUUUGAAAAAUAUACUCUUGAUGGUUUAACUAAAAUCGUUCAAAAUAGAGUUGAUUAUGCUCAUAAUCAAGGUUAUGGUGUUUAUAUUAGAUGGUAUCAAGAAUUUUUACCAAUCUUAAAUUCUCUUACUUAUUUACAAUUAAAAGAAAAAGCUAAAUGGGUUAGAAUUUAUUGUUUACGUGCUGCUAUGUUUUCAUUUCCUGAAGCUAAAUGGUUUUGGUAUAUUGAUCAAGAUGGUUUAAUUAUGGAUUUAUCAGUUGAUUUAGAAGAAUAUAUUUUAAAUCGUGAUUCUUUAGAACCUUUAAUGUUAAGAGAACAAGCAAUAAUUCCUCCAAAUGGGGCUAUAAGAACUUAUAAAAAUGCCAAAGCUGAGAAUAUGAGAUUAAUUAUAACUCAAUCAGAUUCAAAAGUUGAAACUCAAUCUUUAAUUGUAAAAAGUGAUCCUAUUGGUAAAUCAAUUUUAGAAAUUUGGGGUAAUCCUUUAUUCCUUAAUUAUCCAAAUUUCCCAUAUGGACCAGAUUCUGCAUUAACUCAUAUUUUACAAUGGCAUCCUUAUGUAUUAAGUAAAACUACUAUUAUAAAAUCAAGACUUCUAUCAUCACGUCAUGCGGAAAAGAAUACUCCAGAUAAUGCAAAAACCAAUACUCAAAAUUACUUCGAUGGUGAUUUUAUAGUUACUUGGGCUGAUUGUGAAUCUCCUGGUAGAUGUGAAAAAGUCUUGGAUAAAUAUCAUCAAAAACUUAAAGAUUCUCUGACUAAAGCAACUUAAAUAGACAAUUUUCUCUUUUCAAACAUUCAUUCAUUAAUUUCAUAUAGGUCUAUA